GGAAAAUUCAGUCAUCAGCGCGUGUCCAUCGAAUCGGCAGUGAAAAUGUGCCAGCGGCGGUUCUUCAGCAGCAAGUACACCAGUUUCCACAAGAACCACAUCAAGUUGUUUGCCGUUUACAUGAAAACGGCGAAUCUGAUGCAAAACUUCAAUGUGCUGAAGCGUUCGCUGUAAACGCUGCUGCGGUCGACGUCGCAACCGCCGCUUCCUCCUCCUCCCGCAGAAA